AUGGACGAGCAACAGGAAGUUUCCGCAGCGCUGAGCAGACUCUCAGCCAGUCUCCCACAAAUCCACCAAAUCCACUCGAUAUGCCAGACCCCCUCGAUCACCUUCGGUGUGGUCCACCGCGGCCGUGUAAUCAUGCAGAAGAGCUUCGGCUACCGCGACAGCGAGCUGACCCUCCCCGCAGACUCAAACACGAUCUACAUGCUAGGCUCCUGCUCGAAGAUGUUCACAGCCGCCGCAGUGGGGAUCCUCGUCGAAGAAGGGAAGCUGAGCUGGAGCGAUCCCAUCCAGCAGCAUCUACCGGAGUUUAACCCCUCAGGCGAUGCGCGCAUUGGGCAGGACGCUGAUAUUAUCGAUUGCCUAAGACACACUACAGGUCUUGCAUCGCCUGUUAUGCUUACUGUGGCUCCGAGGGGCACUAUUGCGAGUGAUGCGGGGGAUCUGGUUUCGAUUCUCAACACAAUGCCUACUAGGAACAGAAGUGGGCAGCAGAGGUUUAACGAACAGUGGCUGUAUAAUAAUGCCGCAGUGGGCCUGGUGGCGCUUGUCAUCGAGCGCGUAUCCGGCCAGCGGUUUGCGGGUUUUGUGAAAGAGAGGAUCCUGGAGCCGCUUGGGAUGAGCAGGACAAUUGUGACUUAUGCUGACAUUGCCGAUGAUGAUAAUAUCGCUGCUCCAUGCACGAAGCUAAGCAACGGAGAGUACCAUCACCUGCCGGAUACUUCGUGGCCCUGCGCCAACCACUCCCCGCUCCUCGCAGGCAUGGGCAUGCGCAGCUCCCUAGACGACAUGCUAAGCUGGUGCAUUGCAGUAAUGGACGCCGAGCGCAGCGAAACAGACCCGAGCUACACACGGACUGUCCCCAACAACCCCCUGAAGCAAGUUUCCCGCGUCCGCCGCGGAUACUGGUCCUUUCCCCCAGACGACUUUGAAUUCAGCAAGCCGGCCGCGUACGGAAUGGGCUGGUUCCGAGUCGACCUGCCGUCCUCAAAGCUAAGCUCAUUCAGCGGGAACGCACUCUCGCAGAGCAAAGAGCAUCAAGCUCACCUGGAGUAUAUCCUGGGCAAGGAAUUUGUGCCUGCCCCGCUUACGGCCGUGGGCCAUACAGGUGGGAUGCGGGGAUCGAUAUUCUCUGUGUAUACGUUCCCGGAGACACAGAGUGCCGUCGUGACAGCUACGAAUGGUCGGGACUUUGGUGAUGCAAGUGACUUUACAGCGCAGGCCCUUAUCCAGGCUCUCUUUGACCUGAGGCCCGAGGUGGAUUUACUGCCGUGGGUGAGGCAGGAGGCGACCCUGGCAGGGAAAUUCUACCGUGAUCAUCUUGAAGAGCCGUGGACGAGAAAUCGGCGAGAUUAUGAUACUGAGCGAGAUGUGAUGCUUUAUGUCGGUGACUACCGCGCCAUUAAUGAUCGGUUUACUUUGAGUAUCGUGGAGGCAAAGCAGGGUCUUGCUGUCGUGUUCAACCAGCGUCUUGCCUCGCAGUGUUCGUUGGUCUUCUACCAGGCGGACGUGUACAGUUUCUUUCAGCCGAGCGAGGACUACAUGAAAACGCAGGCGAUUAUCGCGAGAAAUUAUGAGCAGAUGCUGCUUAAGUUCGUGGUUGAUGAGGGCGGGCUAUGGUGGCAAUGGGAUACGGACGCAGAAGCAGUCUGGUUCAAGAAGCUGAAUUAG